UACAUCACACUUCAUAAUUUUUUUUUUUUUUUUUGGUCUAAGCUCUCACCCCUAUACUACCUCUUUCUCUUUCUUCUCUCUCUUUAUCCUUCUCUCUAUCUCUCUACCUUCACCAGGUUUGCUCUGAGCACCGUUGAUACUACCCGUCUCUAACCCAUCUCCAAUCUUGCUUCAAUCAUGGCUGCUUUGGCAUUUGUUUUGCUUAUUUUGGCCUUAACUACUGGCCAGUCAAGUGCAAAUUGGUGCGUUUGCAAGGAUGGACUAAGUGACAGUGUUCUACAGAAGGCCCUGGACUAUGCCUGUGGAGCUGGGGCUGACUGUAAUCCUAUCCAUUCAAGUGGGGCUUGUUAUAACCCCAACAAUGUUAAGGCUCACUGCAGUUAUGCUGUGAACAGCUUUUUCCAAAAGAAGGGACAGUCUCAAGGCACUUGUGAUUUUGCUGGUGCUGCUUCUCCUACCACAACUGACCCUAGCACAACUGGAUGUACCUAUCCUGCUACUCCCAGUGCUGCUGCAGGCAGCAGUAAUACAACCCCGACCACCGGCACAACCCCGACCACCGGCACAACCCCGACAACCGGCACAACCCCAACCACAGGCACAACCCCGAUCACCGGGACAACCCCAUCGACAUCCACAACACCUACAACUUCCACAACCUCUCCAUACACUACUACACCUGCUGGACCAUUGGGAGGGAUCGGCACUGGUGUAGGCCCAACAGGAGCUGGCAUCACGACAGAUGACAGUGAGGGUUUCAGACUUGCAGGCACUAGUUUGUUUUCUUCCUCCAUAACCCUAUUCUUUUCAGGCUUGAUGCUUUGGUGGGGUUGAAAAGGAAAAAUAAGGGGGGUGUUGGUUGGGUGGGGUAGGGUGGCAAAGAGAGGUUGUGAUGCUGGCUGGAUUUCAAUGUGCAGUUGUUUGGGCAUAUGCAAGUGAUUUCUGCUGUUUUGUAGGUUUUCAUCAUCUGAAAGACAACCUUGCUAAGUUCUUUUUUUUUUUUUUUUUUCUUUUGUUUUUAUCUUCUCCCUUAUAUAUGGGAAAAGAAGAUGGGUUUUUGAUUCCUUUUGGUAGUAUUUGAUUAACUAGUGGGACUGUGGAGCCUCUCUCUCUCUCUCCCCAUCUUUAUUCUCUUUUUGUACAUCUAGAUCUAAAAGGGUAGUAUCUAUUAAUUUUAUGGAAAAGUUGGCGCUCCAUGUUUCCUUGUUUGUACUGGAGAGAACUUUUGCUAUAUUACAUGGUACGGUCACUUAUUUUUA